UCGGGUCAGCCUGGCGGGUUGUACUUCCGGUCUCGGCGGCUCCCGGCUGCAGUAGGCCUUGCGCUCGCUAUGAGCUUCUUGAAGCGCAUCCCGGAACCGAGCGAGGGGAUCCGGCUGCGGAAACCCGAUACGGAGGCCGUGCUCGGCGGACGCGGUCUGGGCACGGGCAGCCUGUACAUCGCGGAGAGUCGUCUGUCAUGGAUAACAGAUUCGGGCCUUGGAUUCUCAUUGGACUAUCCCAUCAUAAGUUUACAUGCCAUCUCCAGGGACUUGAAUGCUUACCCGUGGGAACACUUGUAUGUCAUGGUGAAUGCCAAGUUUGAAGAAGAAUCCAAAGACAGUCCCGUACCGGAGGAGGAAGAGGAGGAGAGUGACGACGAGCUUGAACCCAUCUCAGAAUUCCGAUUUGUACCCAGCGACAAAUCAGCAUUGGAGGCCAUGUUCACUGCCAUGUGUGAAUGCCAAGCCCUGCAUCCCGACCCGGAAGACGAAGACUCGGAUGGCAAUUACGACGGUGAUGAAUAUGAGCUCGAGGCUCACGAAAUUGGUCAAGGCGAUAUCCCCUCCUUCUACACGUACGAAGAAGGCUUGUCCCACUUAACGGCCGAGGGCCAAGCUACGUUGGAGAGGCUGGAGGGCAUGCUGGCCCAGUCCAUUAGCACCCAGUACCACAUGGCUGGGGUGAGAAUGGAAGAUACUCUCGGGGAAUUUGAAGAUGGAAUGGAAGUCGAUGCGGGCCCAGUAGUGACGGGACAGUUUGAGGAUGCCGACGUUGAUCAUUAAGAAAGAUUCUCCUGGGCGUCUUCCAAGACCGACAAGCUUACAAGAAUGACCACGGUUCCCCUAUAAGACCUAAACGUGAAGACUGUAAAUGGUUUUGUAGCUGUGCUUAUAAACAUGAUUUGACUUUUUUUCAUACACAUACAUGCAACACACACACAGGGGCAAUUAUAUCUUGGCUCUGAUUGGAGAUUAAUUAUGGCUUACAGGCCGAGGGCCUUUACAUGAUAUACUAAAGUAGGGAUGUCCAACUUCGUCAACUUUUAAGACUUGUGGACUUCAACUCCCAGAAUUCCCUAGCCAGCCAUGCUGGCUGGGGAAUUCUGGGAGCUGGAAGUCCACAAAUCUUAAAGUUGCCAAGGUUGGAUAGCCCGACACUAGAGGAAUAAAACUGUCACUUAGAACAAAAUUCUAGAUUCUUCCUGAAUCGUUCCCAUGUUUCAUGCUUGUUUGACUACAGCCAGGUUCACACAACAAGAAUUGUUAUGCUAGUAGUAUGUAGAGGGGUUAGCCAGUGCAACGACAGAGGUGCAAAGUCAAGGAAAUUGUGGAAACCCUACGAAGAAUUGAUUCGGUCUCUCUGAGGAUCUUUUAUUACGUUUCUGAGGGCCUCUUUUGGCCCCGAGCAGAUGGUUCUGCGCCACAGAUAAAUCUUGUUAUUUCUGUUAUUAAUACAAAUGAAGUGGUUCAAUAAAGAUAAUUUUUGUACCUUUAA